AGCACUGCUUAUAAUGUCCUGAGUAUUGGUCAUAUAUGAGAUAACUGGGUGGGCUAGGUGAUGGUUAGAUUUCUUGAUGGAAGUAGAUCCAACGCAACAAUACUACUGAUAUUGAGUAUCACUCUCGCAGCCUUGUCGAGUUAUAUACUAGAAUCUCCCACGCUGGCGGCCUGGAGAACAAGGAGUCCCUUCAGCCAUUUAGUCAAUUUUGGAAGGAAUCUCUCAGCAGAUACGACAAAUAAAUAUACGAACAUGUCCAAAAGAACGCCGGUAUAUUUUGUUUCCCAUGGGGGCCCGACCACAAUGUACGAUACAAAACAUCCCGUGUACCCACACCUUCAGGCCAUAGGCAAGGAGAUCACAGAGAAAGUCAAGCCUUCGGCAAUUGUUGUAUUCUCAGCGCAUUGGCAAGCCGCAAGAUCCAACACGAUCGAAGUGAACGUCUCAGAGAACGAACCUCUACUGUACGACUUCUACGGCUUCCCAAGACACUACUACUCUGAGAAAUUCCCCAACAAGGGCUCGCCCGAAUUAGCAAAGAAGGUCAUGGACACGCUGGGCAAAAAUGAGAUCAAAACCGAAGCCACCGAACGAGGUCUUGAUCACGGCGUCUUCGUCCCCUUCAAAGUCAUGUUCGAUCCCAAUGCCAACCCGCUGACCGUGCCGAUCGUCCAAGUCAGUCUUUUCGACGAUGAUACAGACGCCGAAGCACACAUCAAGUUAGGACGGGCGGUACAGAAGUUAAGGGAAGAGAACAUUCUGAUCAUUGGCAGCGGCAUGUCUGUACACAAUCUGCGACAGCUCAUGAUGCUCAGGGGUAGUGGUAUGACAAUGCCCUACGCUACGAGUUUUGACGAAGCGAUAAAGGUUGCAGCCGAGACAAAACCUGGAGAUCGUCGCGAUGAGGCUAUGGUUAACUUGUUGAAGAGGCAGGAUGCAAGGCAGGCUCAUCCCACGUUCGAACAUCUGCUUCCCGUUCACGUUGCUGUCGGCGCGUCGGGCGAGGACCAGGGAAAGCAAUUAUGGACCUUGGCAGAGGAGAGUAUGGCUUGGGCCCAAUAUAGGUUUGGAGACGUAGCCGCCUGAAGAUUUUUGUUCUCUCGUGUGGUUCGAGCUGCUCAAUAUGUAC